AUGUUUGUGAAGGGAAAUCAAGUGAGUUACAAUGAAGCGGACUCAAUAUUGUUGGAGCCAUGGGGAGGCACUGGUGGAUCAGAAUGGAAUUACAUGCUGAAAAGUCCUAUUAAAGAAAUAUUGAUUGCUCAUGGAGAUGUUAUAGACUCCAUCAUGUUCAUAACCAUUACUGAACAAGGUACUACCAUCGACUCACCAAAGUUUGGUGGGGAUGGAGGUCGAAGAGACAAGGUUGUUAUUGAGGCAACUCCAUUGAAAUAUUUAAUAGGCAUCAAGAGGACAUUUGGACGUUUUUAUGGCCAUUCGGUUAUAAAAUCUCUAUGUUUUAUAACUAAUGCAAAGAAUUAUGGACCAUUUGGGUCUGAGGCUGUUGGAACCCCAUUUUUACUUGUGAUGAAAGAAGGUGUAGCUAUUGCGGGAAACUUGCUCCUCCCACUUCAGCAAAGGAAUAUAUGGUUGAAGUAUGAUGACACUUUCAAUGUUCUGGAUUUCAUAGAGAGCAUAAAGAAUGAAGAAAAUCAAAAAGUUGUUGACGUGGAUCUAACUGAAAAGCUGAAAUUGGAGCUGGACUUCCUCCUACUGAAUGAGAUAGGUAAAUACUGGACUUGCCAAAUUCAUGAUCUUGUGCAUGACUUUUGUUUGAUAAAAGCAAGAGAGGAAAAGUUGUUUGACUGGAUACGUUAUUCAAGUGCUCUAUCAUCUUUAUCGAGGUUAUCUCGAUUCCUCGAUUGGACUCCAUGA